AUGGAGCACCUCACGUGCUUCGUCCCCGGCAACCUCAUGCUUGGUGCACGCACUCUACCACGGGAUCGUGUCGAUCCACGCUGGGAGAAGUGGGCCCAUGACAUAACCGAGACCUGUCAUCAAAUGUACGCACGCUCCAAGACUGGGCUCGGACCGGAAGUAGCGGAGUUCAGACUGAAUGCUCCCAAGGGAGAUGACAUGUGA